AUAGCCACCAACACUCCAUCAUUGGCUUUUCCUUCCAGGAUUUUUUCAGUGCUAUAAAAAUUGAUUAGAUUUACUCAGCUACAAAGGUAGAACCAUAGUAAUCAUUGCCUUGGAAAGCUCCAUAUAGAAUACAUUCUAAAUAAUACCAGGUUUUGUCCAUAGGCUGGGGGAUGUUUCGUGAUGGAUAAAGCCAUUCAGCAUCCCAGUGAGAUUCAGUCUAAUCAAACUCUCUCUAACAUUAGCUAUUCCCAGUUUCUGAACUUUGAUACAUGCCAACCUUCCUUACUUGCAGAAUGCUUGCUUAUUACAGCCUACACAUUAGUUACAGUAGUGGGACUUUUUGGAAACGUUUGCCUGAUUAUUAUCAUCAAGAGAUGGAAAGAAGCUCAGAAUGUUACCAACAUUUUGAUUGCCAACCUCUCUUUGUCAGAUGUCUUGAUCUGUGUUCUGUGUAUUCCUGUCACAGUCACCUACACCUUAAUGGACUACUGGAUAUUUGGGGAAGCCAUGUGUAGGAUAAGUUCUUUCAUACAAAGUGUGUCUGUCACAGUCUCCAUUUUCUCUCUUGUACUGAUUGCUGUUGAGAGGUACCAGUUAAUUGUGAACCCACGUGGCUGGAAACCCAAUAUUUCACAUGCUUACUGGGGAAUUCUUUUCAUCUGGGGGUUUUCCCUCAUGAUAUCCAUUCCUUUUUUAAUAUUUCACCAACUAACAGAUGAACCCUUCAAACAUCUGGCUUUCCAUAAUGAUUUCUACAAGAACAAGGUUGCUUGCAUUGAAGCGUGGCCAUCUGUUACCCAAAGACUCAUUUUUACCACCAGUCUGCUGGUUUUCCAGUACUGCUUCCCACUGGUGUUUAUUUUUAUCUGUUAUCUCCGGAUCUUUGUACGUCUUCGAAGGAGACACGGUAAAAUAGAGAGGAUGAGAGAGAAUGAGACCAGACUGAGUGAAAACAAAAGGAUUAAUAUGAUGUUGAUAUCAAUUGUUGUGACUUUUGCAGCUUGCUGGUUGCCUCUGAAUAUAUUCAAUGUUGUUUUUGACUGGAACUACGAGGCCCUGAUGAGCUGUAAUCAUAAUCUGGCAUUUACAAUAUGCCACCUCGUCGCCAUGAUCUCAACAUGUAUCAAUCCCAUCUUUUAUGGAUUUCUCAACAAGAAUUUUCAGAAGGAUUUGGUAGUCUUGGUUCACCACUGCAGAUGCUCAGCAGCACAAGAGGAAUAUGAAAAUAUUGCCCUUUCCAAUCUUCAAACUGAUGCAUCUAAGGGAACUCUGAAACUAAAAUAUCCCCCUGUGGAUAUCUAAAAUAAUCCAGAAGCAGUUUCCAAACUUUGUUAUUUGUUGCAGAUGACCUCUUUUUGUAGAUCUUGACCACAUUGCCACUGAAUUUAGAAGAAGUCUUUGUCAUUUAGUUCAGCAAAACCAGGAUUAUGCCCACAUAGACAUACUCUUAAUACGUAUUUUAUGAUGUUAUUAAUGCAAAUAAACCACUUCCAAGAGUCCAAAAGAUCAACAAUAAUAAAUUAUAAACAGUAUUAACAUCUUAUUUUUUUAACCCACACUUUCCAAGUUAGUGGCAUCCUACCUAAGUACCAAUAAAAAUCUUUCCCUUUUAGCCACUAAUGCUGUUGUUCUCCCUAAACACCUGGACUCACUCAAGUCAACCAUGAGUUAUAUGGCAUUCCUAAAUUAUCAGCCUUUUCUCAGACUGUUUUCUGCCUUUUAAUUUUCUAACCCUCAGCUAUCUGGUUAAUCUGCACAGAUUUAUAGGCAGUUCACACUUUAAGGAAGGCCCCUGAAGUUAUCCUAAGCCUCCACUGCCUUCCUUUCAGCCCCAGAAGCCUUUUAUUUAAUAUCAUUUCAGCCCAGAAAUUUUAUCUGAGCAAGGGAAAAGUCUAGAGUUGGAUUUUGGGUUUUUUUUAAAAUGAGCUCUAAUUGAAGCUCAAGUGGAUGUACUGUAAAUUCCACUCAGAUCAAUCCUCUUCUAGAUGAAAGAAGCAUUCAGCAUUUCUCCUAAAAACAUUCUAUUCUACUCCAAACCAUCAGUACAGAUCACUUCUUUCUCUGUUACCAUCAUUGCUGCUCCUUGAAACAGACCUUUUAGAAUCUCCAUUUUCAAACAAGCACACUAUGACUUCAGUGUAAGUUUUGUCUUAGCUGCUUAUCCAGAUUAUAGGUUUCUUUUUGAUAAACAAACUCCUUUUGUAUUUUAAUUUUGGAAAUAAAUUUUCUCCAGAUUUCUGCCCUAGCAGGAGGCCACACUUGAGGCAGACAGAGCAAUCUCUGUUACUCUAUGUCUGAAAACGAGUUCCUUCCAUAGCACAGUGCACGGAAGCCCAAGGGCUGAACUUAACUUCCCUCAGACUAAGAUAUAAUAAAAAGCAGGAUCCAGUUUGGUCAUAAAAAAUACCAGAACACAUUUUUCCUCCAUGCUAUGAUACCACCAUAAAUACUCAAUUAAAUUUGGGAUGUUUAAUUACAAUACUUAUAACACUGCAGUUCAACAACUCACCACAUUAGAAGUUAACUUCACUGCAAUUAGAAGUAAUUGCAUUGCUAAAGCCUCUUUUUUUUUUUUUUUUUUUUGAGUUCCAAAACCUAGCCUUGUUUUACCAGUUGCACUUAAAAUUCCUUGUAAUUUAUUUUCUCAUUUUAGCAGUCUACCAAUCCCUACUUAAACAAAAAGAACCAACAUCCAGAUUACAGUCAGCUCCUUGGUGAUUCAGCCAUGAUGAAAUUUACCUUCGGGCUAUAAAAUUCUUUUGGAUAGGGUCAUCAUUCUCUAAUCAUACAGUUCUUAAAUGAUUCCAUCAGGUCCUAGUUCUCUGGUUCUGUUGCUAAUGCUGUAGCAUUACUGAAAACUUUGUGCAUUACUCUGCUCAUCAGAGGAGCUUUGUGACAAGAGCUUCACAAGUUCUUGCAGAUGCACUGGUUUGUAAAGUGCUUCCACACCCAGCAGGAAUCUCUUAGGGCCCAAUCCUAGUGCAGGCAGGGAUGGCAGUACUAGUGACAUGGUAAGCAAGCCUUUGAGUGAUAGAUAUGGAUUAGUUUUGGCCUAAUUUAGCAUUUCUUUCUAAUUAGAUCAAAUAUCACACAUGUGAAGUGGAGUGCAUAAACAAUGAAAACUUAAACAUCUGCCUUCUGCAUCUCAGAAAGAAAAACAGCUAAAUACCUGGUAACCUUAGUGUAACCUAAGAGAGUAACCUUAGAUUAGAGGUUAGAGAGUAACUUUAGUGCUAAUUAUUUCCAUCAACCCAGCCUCAGUCACUGGGCUCCUGUUACUGCUGAUACACACCAUCUGCUCAUCCAGCACAACCAAACCAAACCCAGUAACUUACCAGUCAGCAGCACUUGCUGGCAACAGGAGCACCAUCAGU